UCUCUUUAAGAGGGAGAGAAGUUAGGAAGCCGCCUAGUUCCUGCCGUUUCCGGCAACACAGGCCCUUGGCACGUAGCAUCCUCCGUCGUAGCUUUGCAAAAAGCAGCUAUUUUCCACUUCUGAGUACCUCGUCGGGACUUUGGUGCAUGAAUGGCAACUGUGGAUGACCUAAAGUUUCAUGAAUUUGAUGAUGCAGCCAAUUUGUUGGCAGAAAAUCCAGAUGCUGUCACAAUAAGCAUUGAUGAAUCAACUGAGAAACCAAAAACAAAGCAUGGACGUCUGCAAGAUUCUGGAAGAGAGGAGGAUGAUGAACUAUUGGGGACAGAUUAUUCUGAUAAAACUGAGUUGCUUGCCGGGCAGAAGAAAAGUGCCCCAUUCUGGACAUUUGAAUAUUACCAAACAUUUUUUGAUGUUGAUACGCACCAGGUCAUGGACAGAAUCAAAGGUUCUGUUUUUCCAGUGCCAGGGAAAAACUUUGUCAGACUGUAUAUUCGAAGUAAUCCGGAUCUUUAUGGUCCCUUUUGGAUAUGUGCCACGUUAGUAUUUGCCAUAGCUAUCAGUGGCAACCUUUCGAAAUUCUUCAUCCAUCUGGGUAAACCUAAUUUCCAUUAUGUGCCUGAGUUCCGAAAAGUGUCCAUAGCUGCUACAGCCAUCUAUGCAUAUGCUUGGCUAGUUCCUCUAGCUCUCUGGGGAUUCCUUAUGUGGAGAAACAAUAAAGUUGUGAACAUAGUCUCCUACUCAUUUCUUGAGAUUGUGUGCGUUUAUGGCUAUUCACUUUUCAUUUAUAUUCCAACAGCGAUGUUGUGGAUUAUUCCGCAGAAAGCUCUCAGAUGGGUUUUGGUGGUAUUUGCUCUGUCUCUUUCAGGAUCUGUCUUAGUGAUGACAUUUUGGCCUGCUGUUAGAGAUGACAACCGAAGGAUUGCAGUGGCUACGAUUGUGACAGUGGUACUUCUCCACGCCUUGCUUGCUGUUGGUUGCUUGGCAUACUUUUUUGAUGCGACUGAACUGGAUGUCGUUGUACUGACUACUGCACUUCCACAUAAUGGAACAAUAAAAGCAACAAAGGCUCACUAACUAAGAUAUAUUCUUCAUCUGUGGAAUAUUGCUUUAUUGGGGCUUUCCCAUACUGAAAAAAUAAAAGCCAAAAGAUCUAUCAGCAAAAGCCAAACUAUUUCAAUGAAACAUCAGCAAAACACUCUGAAUUGACAACUUCUGACAACUGAAUGAUAAACUAGUAAUGAACUUUAAUUGAAAUUCUGUAGCAAAAGAUGAAAUAAAUUUCAAUUUAGUGGAAUCAAUUUCACAUGUAGAUUUUAACACUAAUUUGUGAUUUUUUAAUCUUCUCCAUAACUUUUGUGUUUUGUCAUCAAAUAAAAGUGACUCAAAAUGCUACCAAUAUUGCUGUAUCUGUAAUACAUCCUAAUAUGAACAUCCUCAGGAAUUUUUUGGGAGGGUGAGAGCAUAUACAUACAGACAGAAUAUAUGCAUACACAAAAUGUAAAUGUUAGUCUAAAUCCAUAAAACAAGUAUUUCAUAUUGAAAAUAUUUUCUUAAUGUUGCUUUGCUAUUCUCUCGUCAGAAUUUAAUUGCUAUAGAAAAGCUUUUUAUGUCAUCCACCAUUAAAGGAGAGUUCUUAAUUUCAACCAUGCUAAUAAACCAAAGAUAUAAGCUCAUACAGCAAUAUCUGAAUGUAGUCAAUGAGAUUUAGCAUUUAACAGUUUCAUCGUGAUAGGGAAUGGGAAACUAAAAAAAAUCUGCCUUAGAAUCAAUAGCAGAAACAUGGGACCAGAAGCUGAGGUAACUAGCAAGUUAGGUAUGGAACGGAAAUGUUACCACCUUAUUGUCCCACCCAUAUAUCUCAAUCUUUUGCAUUAUCAUCAAGAAGUCAAGAAAUGUAACUACUAAAUCUACAGUACCUCCCCCUUCUUUUAGGUGACUAUAAAGAACAGAAAAGCAGUCCUAUGCACUUAACUUAGAUGUGGUUUUCCUCUUUACUAGAAAGAACAGGCACAAAACUUUGCUGCCACCAGCAGUGGUAUGUUUAGUAAGGGUUGUAGUUAGUGAGUUAAUUUAACUGUCAAGAAAGUUGAUUGCAUGCUUAAGUGGCAGCAUGUGCAGUUUGUCACUGCACAUAUGUGCUGCUUUUGCCUCUUGCCAGGGUGUGGGUAUUUUUGGGGGAAGGUAUUUUCAUCUCCCCAACCCUUGUGUAGCUGCAGCAUAGCUGGCUCCUCCCCCCAAUCUUGUGCAGGAGCUACUGUUGGCCUCUAGUGAACUGCAGGAGCAGAAAAAUGGCAGCUGCUGGAACUUGGCUAAGGUAGUGAAGCUACCUUUCUCCUGAAUCAAAGUGGCUGUGGCACUUCAAUCUAAGAGAAAGACAGGCUGCCUCUGCCAGCUCUGGUGGCUUGCACACACCUGACAAUAUGGAGGGUGCCCACCUGCUGUUGCAUCCUAUCUGCUGCACAGUUAAUCUGGGUGGCUAGAAGUCUGGCCAGGCAGGCACCAGCAGCUUUGUAUGAGGUACUCAGACCUUUGUUGGCUCUGCAACUUUGGAUCUAUUGCUCAAUCUGACCUCUGUUUAUCAGUAUGUAUUCAUUAUCUCUUUAAAAUGAGACUGGAGCACCUAUUCGUACAUAACCCUGUUUUUGCUGGGUCUUUAGCCAGGGCCUGUAUUUACUGCUCAAAGGCAGUGAGAGGAAUCACCUGAUAAACAUCUCAUUCCUUUGUUCACUAUCCUUUCCCACGUCAACAAAAAGCUCCAGUUGUGACCAGUGACAGAUACCAACUCCAUGUGCCUCUCUAUGGGACUGAUUGCACAGUAGGGCAGAAGGUACAGUGGUUAUGCGAGGGGUAGACAACAUGGUGCCUCCAGGUGUUGUUGAACUCCAGCUCCCAUCAUCCCAUUAAAGACAAAAACAUUUCUGAGUAGACAUGUAUAAUAUUGUGCUGUAAGUUAACUAUACAGUGAAUUCUUUACGAGUGUCUGGUUUUUAGCUCCUGCACAAGAGGAAACAUGCCUAAGCUUCUUUUCAAAGUUUUCACAUUUGCCUUUUUUGGAAGGGGGGAAUUCUUUAACAUCCACCUAGACUUGUUGUGUAGUAAUAUUUACAGAAAAUAACUUCUGAGACUACCUGAUCUCAGACAAACCCACCACUGGAAAGGUGUAUCCUUGUUGCUAGAGAAAAACAAGUGGCAAACUAUGGAUGUUCCAAGAAUUAGAACGAGAGUUGCCAACCUUUUUGGACCAGAGGGCACACCUGGAAUUUUGACAGAGUGCUGUGGGAGCUAAUCACAAAAUGGCUCACGGGAGGCAUGGCAUGACUCAAAAUUAGAGUACAGUAAUUUAUGCUCCCCCACACACACUUCAUGUUUACCCUGGGCUAUGUGCUCCUGGUCUUUACUGUGGAGAUAGCUGUUAAAAGCACAAAAACCCUGUUUCUCCCAAUCCUAAAUCAAAGCCUAGGCUGCCAUUCUGUACCCAUUUACUCAAAAAUAAGCCCCAUUAAACACAAAGAGAUUUACUUCUGAAGCUGACAUGUAUACUGUUGUACUGCAAGUUACACAAUAAACUGCAAGAGUCAUGCCUAAUCCUCUGCAAACUUUUCACAUUUUUGCAUUUGCCAUUUGAGGAGAGGAUUCUUUUAACACCCACCCAUACUUACUGUGUAGUAGUAUUUGCAGAAAAUAACUUCUAGGGAGCACCUGACCUCAGCUGAACCUACCACAGGAAAGAUGCAUCCUGGUUGCUAGGUAAAAACAACCGGCAAACUAUGGAGAUUCCAUUAACAGAAACAGGGAAAGUGCACUAAAAGGGAGUGGAAAACAGCAGCUCAGGGAUUGCUAUUGGCUCGUAUAUUAGUCACAGUUCUAACUUUACUUAUUGACUAAUAACACAGACAGGAAGGAGCAGCCAGGCUGGCACAUUUAACAAAAGGAUACCAGCACAUUUUGCUUCAUAACUUACUUUCUAGGAGGGCUAGAAACUUACUUUUUUUUUUAAUGAAAGCUCAAUGUGAGGCCCUUUCCUGAUCCUGUGGUCAUUGGAUUGGUGACUCAUUUGUUUAAAACUUCGAACAGUGCAAUCCUAUAAGUUACUCAAAAAUAAGAACACAGCAAUACAGAAACGGGAGGUCUAAUAAAAUACAAAUAUUAAAGAAUCUAGUUGAUGUUUAUAUGGACACUGUCUUAAUGAUUAACAAAAGGUUUGAAAGAAUGGAGGAGUAGGAGGAUAUCCUGUGUAUAGUUAGAGGACAAGUGUCAUGAGCCCCAAGGAGAAUCUCUGGAAAAAUUGGGAGGAGGAAGAGUAAGUUGCAGAUGUUGGGGAAGGGGAUAGGGAAAUAUUGGGUGAGACACUUCCAGAAACCUUUGGCAACUAUGAGUUUAGUGAGGUUAAUGUAGCCCAUUGCCCCCCUUGACAACUGACAAGGGUUCCUCACUGGUACCCAGCCUAGACCUAACUGUUGAACAGAUAAAAUGUGACGAACAGCCUGGAGUCUUCCAGAAACAGCAAAGUGAAAGUAGCCUGUCAGAGUCAGGGAUUACACUUUCACCAAGGUCAUGCAGCUUAGAAAAGAGACAGCUUCAGAAAAUGCUCUCUGCUCCUAGAAGAAGUCUUCACCUUGCAGCAAAGGCUGGAAAGUAUUAGAGAAUUUUCAGACAAGUAAUGUGCCCACCUGCCUCUCUUAUGUUUAGGAUGAGUGGACAUGAUUAGGGCAUUGCAACAACAGUUUGCUGAAGCCCCCACAUGCUUAGUUUGUAUCCUAAGAUAUGCAGUCUGCUGUUGCCUCCUCCUGCCUAGUUCUGUAUCCUGAGAUAUGCCUAGCCUGUAUGCUCCUGUUCUGUGUCCUGAAUCAUGCCAAGAAUGCCUGAUGCUGCAUUCCUUCUGUACUGACUUCUGGAAUAAAGCUCAUUUUAAAAAACA